AUGAUAAAAAAGAAAAAUUUGUAACAAAGACAUCACAAAGCUAUUGAUUGUGGUGUUACUAUACAGCCUAUUACUUUCUAAGUUCAACCAUAAAAGUGCACAUUGUUCAAUAGUUACAAUAACUUUAUCAAUGAAUAGUUUAUAUUAAGCGGAAUUACUUCUAAAAUUGCAGGAAUUCAUAUGCAAAAAGAUGUUAAAAGUUCUUUCUUAAAAGAAACAUAAAUUAGAACUCAUAUCAAAGAUGAUGAUAAAUAACGUUAUAUUGUAAAUUAAGAGCUAGCUUCACUUAUAGGCUUCGAAAAGGUUUCUUCAACUAGAAGAAACAUUCAAGCCAAAUUUAUUGAUUAUUGUAUCAAUCAAGAAAUUGUUGACAUUAAAACACAUUAGUAUUAGAUCUAUAAAAUACCGAAAAUGAGAAAGAUACUAUAGGUUGAUUUAAUAGAGCCAGACUAAUUAUUUAAAUAUUUGAAAAGACAUCUUUCAAAAGCAGAUAGGAGGAAUUGUUAAAAUAGAACUGAGCCCUAUAAAUAUUAGGGGAAAAUCAAUCAUAAUACUUAAGAUAAUAGUUUUAAAAAUAAGAGUUUAAUCACUGAGAACUCUGAAGUUCAAAUGAUUGAUUCAAAUUAUUAGGAUUUUACUCAAACUCAAGUAUUAGAUUUGACAUAAGAGGAUAGCUUUGUAACAAAUCUUAGUGAAUAUCUGAAGUAAGGUCCAGUUCAUAGAAAUCCUAAAAGAAUAAAAUAAUAAUAGCACAUCUGA